UCCUGGCCCAGUUUCGAUGUCACGAUCGUGGCUUGGGAACGAUGGGGCCCGCGGAAGACUCUCGGGCGGCGAAGAAGCCGCAGCCAUUUUUCGGGGUCUACCUUCUCUACUGUCUCAACCCCAAAUACAGAGGCCGCGUCUACGUGGGCUUCACGGUGAACCCCUCUCGGCGAGUCCAGCAGCACAACGCCGGGCGCAAGAAGGGAGGGGCGUGGAGGACUAGCGGGCGAGGACCAUGGGAAAUGGUCCUCAUCGUCCACGGCUUUCCCUCUGAUGUGGCUGCCCUUAGGUUUGAGUGGGCCUGGCAGCACCCUGGGGCCUCCCGUCGCCUGGCUCACAUAAGUGGCAAAGCCAGGAAGGAGGGGGCCUUUUUUUUCCACCUUCGGGUACUGGCCCAGAUGCUACAGGUGGCCCCUUGGAAUCGGUUGCCCCUCACCGUGCGCUGGCUACAACAGGACUUCCAGCAGGAACUCAGCCCUCCACCUCCCCAGCAUAUGCCUCUUGCUUUUGGGCCUUUGCAACCAGGCCUCACUCAAGGAGGAAGGAGAGGGGUAGGCAAGGAAGCAGAUGACGUCUUCUGCUCUCUCUGCCAACAGCCAGUCCAGGAUAAGGAUGGACCCCUUUGCUGUCCUCACCCCAACUGUCCAUUGAAUGCUCACCUAAUUUGCCUUGCUGAAGAAUUCCUUCAAGAGGAACCUCAACAGCUUCUGCCCCUGAAGGGCUGCUGCCCAGGCUAUAGGAACACUUUGUUGUGGGGAGACUUGAUCCGUCUAUACCAGGCAUAUCCUAGCAAUCUGGAAGAGGUAGAAUCUGACCUUGAAGAGACACACUGGACGGAUGAAAUGAAGACUUAGGCAGUCAUCUUUUUCUGCCUAUGGACCUAAGCUUCCCAGGAACCUAGUUUUACUUUCCACCUCCAGCUAGCUUGGGGGGAUUUUUAAUAAUUUUUAUUCAACAGGUGGAAAAGGCUAGAUUUGGAGUUAAAAGGGCUGGAUUCAAAUUUUAGCUCCAAAACUUACCAGCUAUAUCAUACUAAUUGGUGUAGAGUUGUUAAUGUUAGUUCUUACAAUAAAGAGACUAAGUUAAAUGCUGAGCUACUUUGAGGUAGGGAAAAAAGGAAGAAACCUGGGAUGGGGUCAUAGAGAAAAUAAAUGUGUGUUUUCUUACAUGUGGAGGUUUAGCUUAGAGGAGACGAAAAUAGUAUUAGGAAGGGGAGAGAAGCUGGCACAGGCUUUCCCUGCCUAUAGGUGGGAGAUUAUCCUAGGAAAACAAAUAUUACCACAAAGUGAGCAGCUAGGGGCACCUGACAUGAGGACUCAGUGCUCUUAGGAUCCUACCUUCCUGACCUCAACUUUGGUUUAACUCCCUUAGUGCUGGUGACCAAAGGGAGAGCUUACAGCUACCUGGAAGAAUUGAUGGGAGAAGGACCAGGAAGAUAAGAGCUGGAGGGAGGGGAAGGGAAGGGAAGGAAAGAGCUGGUGUGUUAAACUAAGAUCUGGCCCUGAACUCUUAUGUGUUGUGUCCUCCAAUUAGAAUGGAAGUUCCUUGAGAUCAGGCAUUAAAUCAAUUUUCUGUUUGUAUCCCCAGCACCUAGCAGAGCACACAGUAAGCACUUAAACUAAAUGCUUUUUAAUCCAUUCAUGUAUUUCAACAGUGUUUCCAAAUCCCUGAUGGACAUUAAUCUUCAGGAUUUGGGAAUGAGAAAUUGUAGUUCUCAAAAUCAUGUUGUCCUGUAUUUUAAAAAAUAGUUUAUUUACAUGUUUUUAAAUAUCAAUGAGUGAUCAUAAAGAUAAACAAUUGUUUUUCUGUGAGUUAUACUAAAAGUUUUGGGUUUUCUACAAAAAAAAAGAAAAUAAUAAAUGUA